CCAAGGAAGACAGGGACCCAGGAGGAGCUCGGCCGGAGAGGCCCGGGCACCCCCAGGGCGGCGCCGCGGACCCCUCCCCCACCGAAGCCACCUUCAGCGGAAAACGUGGGGUCCCGGCGCAGCCGCUUCUGGCGGCAUCUGCCGCUCCCCAGCUCGCAGGAGAGCCCGCCCCGGAGGAGGGGCCGGCUCUGCCCCACCUCCUCGCCGCCUCCCUACCCCUUCCUUUCCUUUCCUCCGGCCGCGCGCCCCCUCCUCCCUCCUCCAUCCUUCCCCCACCCUGUUUGUGUGCCCCUCCCGCUGCGACUGGCUGGGAGGCUUGGCCGCCCCCGCCCCGAUAGGGAGGCGGGGGCGCCAGCCGCGGCGGCCACCCGAGGCUGCGGAGGGGAGCGAGAUCCGAGGCCCCGAGGCGGCCCUGCAUCUGGUCCGGGCACGCGGGGGCUGCCUCUGCACCCCCAGCCGAGGGCCGCGGGGCCUGGCCUCGUCGCGGGGUGGAGGAGCCUCCUUGCCCCUGGCUGCCAGCGCCCUGAGCCUGCCUGACCCCUCAGGGGGGCUCGCCUGCGUCCCCCCAUGAGCGCGCCCGGCUGACCUCCAGGGCGGCCGCGGUGGAGCCCGGGCGCCACGGGGGCAGCGGGGCCAUGGCCUCGCUGGACCUGCCCUACCGCUGCCCGCGCUGCGGGGAGCACAAGCGCUUCCGGAGCCUGUCGUCGCUGCGCGCGCACCUGGAGUACAGCCACACGUACGAGACGCUCUACAUUCUCUCCAAGACCAACAGCAUCUGCGACGGCGCCGCGGCGGCCUUCCCGCUGGCGCCCGAGCCCGCCGCCCUGCUGGCCGUGCCGGGCGCCCGGCGCGAGGUCUUCGAGAGCACGUCGUUUCAGGGCAAGGAGCAAGCAGUCGGGCAGUCGUCCGCGGCGCCACACCUGCUGCACCACCAUCACCACCACGCGCCCCUUGCCCACUUUCCUGGCGACCUGGUGCCGGCCGGCCUGCCUUGCGAGGAGCUGGCGGAGCCGGGCCUCGUGCCCGCCGCGCGCUACGCACUCCGCGAGAUCGAGAUCCCGCUGGGGGAGCUGUUCGCCCGCAAGUCCGUCGCCUCCUCGGCGUGCUCGACGCCGCCGCCCGGGCCUGGCCCUGGCCCCUGCCCCGGGCCCACGUCCGCCUCGCCCGCGUCUCCCUCACCCGCCGACGUGGCUUACGAAGAGGGCCUGGCCCGCCUCAAGAUCCGGGCGCUGGAGAAGCUGGAGGUGGACCGACGGCUGGAGCGGCUGAGCGAGGAGGUGGAGCAGAAGAUCGCGGGCCAGGUGGGCCGGCUGCAGGCCGAGCUGGAGCGAAAGGCGGCGGAGCUGGAGACUGCGCGGCAGGAGAGCGCGCGGCUGGGGCGUGAGAAGGAGGAGCUGGAGGAGCGCGCCUCGGAGCUCUCUCGCCAGGUGGACGUGAGUGUGGAACUGCUGGCCUCGCUCAAGCAGGACCUGGUGCACAAAGAACAGGAGCUGAGCCGCAAACAGCAGGAGGUGGUGCAGAUCGACCAGUUCCUGAAGGAGACGGCGGCGCGGGAGGCCAGUGCCAAGCUGCGGCUGCAGCAGUUCAUCGAGGAGCUCCUCGAGCGGGCUGACCGGGCAGAGCGGCAGCUGCAGGUCAUCAGCAGCAGCUGUGGCAGCACGCCCAGUGCCAGCCUGGGCCGCGGAGGUGGGGGAGCUGGUGCUGGGCCCAGUACCCGGGCCCCAGGCAGGACGCGAGAACACCACGCGGGCCUGGCCAUGCCUAGCACGUAUGCAGUGUCCCGGCAUGGCUCCUCUCCCAGCACAGGGGCCUCCAGUCGCAUCCCAGCUGCAUCUCAGAGCUCAGGUUGUUAUGAUAGUGACAGUCUGGAGUUGCCCCGGCCAGAAGAGGGGGCCCCCGAGGACAGCGGCCCCGGGGGCUUAGGCACGCGGGUCCAGGCUGCCAACGGCGGCUCGGAGCGGGCCCAGCCCCCUCGCAGCUCUGGACUGCGGCGCCAGGCCAUCCAGAACUGGCAGCGCAGACCCCGUCGACACAGCACAGAAGGGGAGGAAGGUGACGUCUCCGACGUGGGCUCCCGAACCACGGAGUCAGAGGCUGAGGGCCCCUCGGAGGUCCCCCGCCCGGGGCCUGCUAUGGCCGGGCCGGUGAGCAGCUGCCGGCUCUCUGCCCGCCCCGAGGGAGGCAGUGGGCGGGGUCGGCGAGCUGAGAGGGGCAGCCCCUCCCGCUCCAAUGAGGUCAUCAGCCCAGAGAUCCUCAAGAUGCGAGCUGCCCUGUUCUGCAUCUUUACCUACCUGGACACGCGCACUCUGCUACACGCCGCCGAGGUCUGCCGGGACUGGCGCUUCGUGGCCCGCCACCCCGCCGUCUGGACCCGGGUGCUGCUCGAGAACGCCCGCGUCUGUUCCAAGUUUCUGGCAAUGCUGGCUCAGUGGUGCACCCAGGCCCACUCGCUGACACUGCAGAACCUGAAGCCCCGGCAGCGGGGCAAGAAGGAGAGCAAAGAGGAGUAUGCCCGGAGUACCCGGGGCUGCUUGGAGGCAGGCCUGGAGUCUCUGCUGAAGGCAGCGGGGGGAAAUCUGUUGAUCCUGCGCAUCUCCCACUGCCCCAACAUCCUCACUGACCGUUCGCUGUGGCUGGCUAGCUGCUACUGCCGCGCCCUGCAGGCCGUCACCUACAGAAGUGCCACAGACCCAGUGGGCCAUGAGGUCAUCUGGGCCCUGGGCGCAGGCUGCAGAGAGAUCGUCUCCCUCCAGGUGGCACCACUUCACCCCUGCCAGCAGCCCAUGCGAUUCAGUAACCGCUGCCUACAGAUGAUCGGUCGCUGUUGGCCCCACCUCCGGGCUCUGGGGGUCGGGGGUGCCGGCUGUGGGGUGCAGGGCCUGGCAUCACUCGCAAGGAACUGCAUGCGGCUGCAGGUGCUGGAGUUGGACCACGUGUCGGAGAUCACCCAGGAGGUGGCGGCUGAGGUCUGCCGGGAAGGCCUGAAGGGCCUGGAGAUGCUGGUGCUCACAGCCACCCCCGUAACCCCCAAGGCCCUGCUGCAUUUCAACAGUAUCUGCCGGAACCUCAAGUCCAUUGUGGUUCAGAUUGGGAUUGCCGAUUAUUUCAAAGAGCCCAGCAGUCCUGAGGCCCAGAAGCUGUUUGAGGACAUGGUAACAAAGCUCCAGGCCCUACGGCGGAGGCCCGGCUUCUCUAAGAUCCUGCACAUCAAGGUGGAAGGCUGCUAACCCGGGUUGGGGGCGGCAGGGCCCCUGCCAGCCCCAUGCCAGCCGUGCUCUUUGGACCUCCGGAGGAACCCUGAUCUGCCUAGACUUUUGGAGGCUUGGUGUUAUCCCUGGUGUCUGGGAGAGAGGUUGUCAGUCUCUUGUCCUCCUGCUGGGACAGCAGGACGCAGGCCCUCUCCAGGGCAGGGGCUUGGACAGCUGUCCCCCACCUCCACCCCACCCCUAUCCGGAGCAGCCCUGUAGGCACAGCCAGCGAAGAGCUGAGUCUCCACCAGCACUCGGUGUCAUCGCCCUGAGGAUCUGCAGUAACCACCAGUGGCUCCUUGGCUGCUCAGGCUGUUGGGGCAGGCCUCCCCUUUGUGAGGCCCAGCCUCCUGAUCGGGAGCUUCUGUCAGGCCCCAGACCAGGGGGGUUGCUCCAACAGGCAGCUCAGACUUGGCCCAGAGGCUCUUCUCUUCCCCCUGCUCAGUCCCAGCCCUCUGCGGGGCAUCCCCUUCAGGCAGCCUGCCAGGGCUCUGGGUCCAUAAUCUCCAGGGAUAACCCUAGGGGUCUUGGGGAUGUGGUCAGCUGAAAGUGGGAAGUAGAGGGUUCAGUUAGGUAGUGGGGUCGGCUUGGAAGGGCAAGACAUCUAUUCAGAACUUCUCCCCGAGACAUCCAGGCCACGCCUCCCAAGGGUGGAUAUUGCCAGGGUGAGAAAACUGAGUUUUUACUGCUGUAGAGAAGACAAGACUCCUCCCAGCCACCACAUAUCCCAUGACACACCAGAACUAAAUUCAGAGCUACAAGGCACAUGUUUCUAUACCUUCCACCAAUCCUGAGCCUCUGGAGGGGCCAGGUCCCAGCUCUGGGAAAUGCUGUCAACAGUGAGAAGUGGUUCCUGUCCUCAAGGAGUAUACUUCUAAUCUGGGUGCUUGGACAGGAAUCUGAUGGCCUUUGGGUCCCCAAGGUCAUGUGAGAGGGAAUCAUUUGGCUGCCCUCUGCUGGGGCCUGGAGGAGGCUGGAAGAGGGGUGGUUUAGUUUGCUUCCUUGUCCGGCUACCUUGCUGGAAGAUGUGGCCUUGGUGGGGAGCCACACCUUUGGGGCCCAAAAAGGAGCCCCAACAUCGGACUUGUCCCCUCUCUUCAGUCUCCAGUGGUCUAUGGGCUGAGGGCUAUGUUGGGGGGUCUUCUGCCUGGGGCAGUGCUGGGGUCUGAACCAGGAUCACUGGCUUAAGUGCAAAUGGAGGCUCUCACUGACCCUUGCAUGGUUCCCAAAGGGUAAGAUCCUGGCACUAUGGCUCUAAAGACUCAGGUGUCCCGAGUUCCUCCUCUUAGCCCUCCCACAGUGGCACAAAGGCCGUGGGUCCUGCCAACCUCCAUUUGGAAAGUUCUUUCAAACGUUAAUCUGGAUUCAUCUUAGGGUUUCCUUCCCUCUUGCUAUAUGAUGGGCUCUUGGCCCUAAACAUUAGGUUCUGGCUGGGGCUGGGCUUCUCUAGUUUCCCAGUCCUUUCCGGGAAUCCAACUUUUCUGCCGCAACCUGGCAUCAGGACAUCAAGACCCACCCUGGGUUUCCCUGCAACAAGGCCUCCAGAGCUGGGACCCUCACAGGCUCAGAAGUGUAUCCAGCUCUCCUGGCUCCCCACACAGCCGUGUCUUGCUCUUUUUGUAGUUUUCUUCCUGUGACUUGUUCUGGCCCUAACCUUUGAAGACUCCAAAUACCAAGGGUGGCAUGUCAGUAUCUCCAUCUAGUCCUGCACGAAGCCUUGGUUGUGUGGCAUCCCCACCCCAGAACACCUGGUUCUGUUGGCUCUAACCUCCCAGUUCUGUCCCCAGGAGUCAUGAAGGAGAAGCACAGCUUUCCUCUGUUCUGGGACCGGAAGGGAGGUGGAGGUCCACUUGGCCUGGCUGCCCUGGGUGUGUCUGUUCUGUUUACCAGCUGCACCCGCCACAGCCCCUGCUCCC